AUGGGGGAAUGGACCAUCUUGGAGAGGCUGCUGGAAGCCGCGGUGCAGCAGCACUCCACUAUGAUCGGGAGGAUCCUGUUGACUGUGGUGGUGAUCUUCCGCAUCCUCAUCGUGGCCAUUGUGGGGGAGACGGUGUACGAUGAUGAGCAGACCAUGUUUGUGUGCAACACCCUGCAGCCCGGCUGUAACCAGGCCUGCUAUGACCGCGCCUUCCCCAUCUCCCACAUACGUUACUGGGUCUUCCAGAUCAUAAUGGUGUGUACCCCCAGUCUCUGCUUCAUCACUUACUCUGUGCACCAGUCUGCCAAGCAGCGAGAACGCCGCUACUCUACUGUUUUCCUAGCCCUCGACAGAGAUCCCCCUGAGUCCAUGGGGGGUCCUGGAGGAGCUGGGGGUGGGGGCAGUGGUGGUGGCAAACGAGAAGAUAAGAAGUUGCAAAAUGCCAUUGUCAAUGGGGUGCUGCAGAACACAGAGAACACGAGCAAGGAGACGGAGCCAGAUUGUUUAGAGGUUAAGGAGCUGACCCCACACCCAUCAGGGUUGCGCACUGCAGCACGAUCCAAACUCCGAAGACAGGAAGGCAUCUCCCGCUUCUACAUUAUCCAAGUGGUAUUCCGAAACGCCCUGGAGAUUGGGUUUCUGGUGGGCCAAUACUUUCUCUAUGGCUUCAGCGUCCCAGGGUUGUAUGAGUGUGACCGCUACCCCUGCAUCAAGGAGGUGGAAUGUUAUGUGUCCCGGCCUACUGAGAAGACUGUCUUUCUAGUGUUCAUGUUUGCUGUGAGCGGCAUCUGUGUUGUGCUCAACCUGGCGGAACUCAACCACCUGGGAUGGCGCAAGAUCAAGCUGGCUGUGAGAGGGGCCCAGGCCAAGAGGAAGUCAGUCUAUGAGAUCCGCAACAAGGACCUGCCCCGGGUCAGUGUUCCCAAUUUUGGCAGGACUCAGUCCAGUGACUCUGCCUAUGUGUGA